GAUAAUGAUGGAGCUGUUGAGCCAAAGCUGACUGAAAAGCACCUGGGAUCCCUGAGAUAUUCUAUGUUAUGCCAUGAUGUUAUUACUGCUAGUGAUACUUUGAGUGGGGAGGCCAUGAUGGAGGAUCAAACUGACAAUGGUACACUCAUUUCACAUUUGUAUGAUUUCCAACCGCAGAAAUAUAGCAAUCAGUGUAAUUAUCCUAGCAUUAAUCCCCUUAGUGUGAAUCCUAUGUUGACAAGAAAUUCAGUUCUUCACCUGAUGAGUGGGAAUGGGGAAAAAUACAAGGCUGAACAUGGACAGCUUUUGCCUUACUUCAACUUUUCUACUGUGGAGGACCCAUGUAAGGUUUAUAUGGACAAAAUACCCACUAACUCUAGAUGUAGCAGUGCAUGUUCAUUUACGCUACAUCAUAAUGUGUCAACUCAUAAUGCUGAGAAUAAUGAACGAGAAGAAAUUGGCUGUGGUAGAGAGAAUGUCUGGGAAAGAUUGCUGAGUAGUUUUGGAAAAACUGUCAAUUGUGAUGAUACUCAAAAACGAAGUUUGUCAUCAACAUUUGAUAUACCACUUGAUAUUAUAAUUGACAAGUGCUUGCUGCAGGAAAUCAUGCUUCAGUAUCCUUUUCUUUGUGUUUAUUCUGGCAAAAUUGAUUGAUUAGUUUAUGUAUAUUGCUUCUAUUUCUCUGGAUGUACUUAGAUUAAACUAGUAUGAAUUUAUAAUGAAUACCCAGUUCAGUGAAGUCUAAUUCUGGUCAUUCCAAUCUCAUCUU